ACCAUCAAUUUUCAAUUUGGAGUGCAUUGUUAUAGUUCAUAGCAUAUUUGGCGGAUAACAUUAACGUAUCGUCUGAUUUUAAAAUCCGCCCUGCCGUUUGUACCAAUUAAAUAAAUCUCUACGUACUACUCUGCCCUGCCGAUUGUUUCGAGUGCUGUUUUGGGUGCUGUAUCAAUAUUGCAUUUUCAACUGCUCUGUUACCCUCUUGAUAUUUUAUUUAAUCCAACUAUUAUUACUACCAAACUUAAUUGGGAAUUUUUUCACGCGGUUGUAUAACUUUCAUGUUUAUUUAAGCGAAAUGUAUGACAAAUUGAAGGAGUUUAACAAUCUGGUACCAAUUUUUUUUUAUUCUGUUACUUCAAAAACCAUGUGAUAUAAAAACAUAACUGCUAAAUAUAGGAAAUAUUUGAAUAUAGUAAUAAAAUAAAAUAUGUAAAAUUUUAAAAUAAAAUUGAAUCGAAGAUCAUGCUGUUAUAAAAGCAAACCAAAGUAAAAUGAUAUGUCAAGAAAAAAGUUGAUGUUAUUUUAACGUGAAGUGAUUGAUGAUGUCACUAACCAUUCUUUUCUAACCAUGAGCAUAAAUUAAAAUGCAAAAAAUGAAGAUCAAAUAAUGGAGCAGCGAGAAUUAUUACAUAAAGGUUAUUUAAGAAAAUCACCUCCUUAUGAAAAGAUAAUAAAAAAUUAUAAAUGGCAAAAACGUUAUUUUAAACUAUGGUCAGACAAAACACUUGAGUAUUAUAAAAGUAUUAACAAAAACAAACCAUUAAAAGAACCAAUCGACUUAAAAACUUGCACUAAAGUGCUGGAUAGUUUUCAAGAGUAUGAAAAAUAUGUUAGCAGGAACUAUAAAUGGCCUUUCUGUUUAGAAACACCAAAUCGUCACUAUUAUUUUUUGGCACGAUCAGAAGAGGAUCGUGUUAAAUGGGUUGAUGUCUUAAAAAAAUUAUGUGAUUCAGUUACACAAUCAAAUAAUGAGUUGCUUAUGACAACAGUUUUGACAGAAUCUCACAGCACAUCUGUCGUGCAAAACUCUCAGUUUGUUGAUUCUACAGACAAUUAUGAUGAGCUUCCUCAAGUUAGGAAUUCUUAUAUAAACACAGACCCGAUAAGUUCUAACUGCUCUUACUCAUUGUUGUACACAGAUGAUAGCAUUGAUGUUUCCAAUUAUGAUUUUCUACCACCAAGUGUGCCAGUUAAUCAGCAAAGUAUUGUGUCAGAUGAUUGUCAUUUCAAUUUUGAUAACUAUACUCCACUUCCACCACCAGUUCCUUUUAUUGGCUCUAAUCAAACUGAUGAUGAAAAUGUUUUGGUAAACAAUGAUGACAUGAGUUUUUCGAAUUAUAAUAUUGUACCACCUCCUAUUCCAGUUGAAAACAUUAAUAAAAAUAGCUUUGCAAUAACCUCGUUUGAUCACGAUCUAGUGGAUUUUCCAGCAAUAGAUAACCAUUUAAACUUUUUAAAGUCAAUAAAGCAACACUCAACCAAACAUAAACAUGAUGAAGAGUUGUCUGAAAAUCUUUCUGGUAGCUCUGGCUAUGUUCCUAUGGAUCACAUUCCUAAUGAAAAUUUAAAAAGUAUUGAGCCAGAAGAAUAUAUAAAAAUAGUGGAACCACCAAAAUUAACUACAAUCAAUCCAGGAAAAGAGUUUCGUAAAUUUACCACUCAGUCUUCAACAGAUAGUGUAUCUUCCAAUAAGGUUGAUGCAUGUUUAAACAAUACUUCUUCAACUUUAAAUUCUUCUCAUUUGGAUCAAGCUGGUGCUCCUAAAAAUAAAUACAUUGAAAAGUUAAAACCUUCAGAAAAUAGCAGUUGUUUUGAUAACGGCUUGUUAACAAAAGUUGAACCUCCUGUAGUAAUCAGAGAAACAAAACCUUCUCCUGUAGUUAAUAGAUUUACAAAACCCACCUCUAAAACCAAGAAGUCAGUGACAGAUAGUUCAUAUGAUUAUGUAUGCCCAAUAGGUAGUAAACAUGAUAACAAAAAUCUAGAUACUCCAAAAUUUAAAAUACUAAAUGGCCAGCAGCCUGAUAAUGAACAACAAUCAAUAAAAAGUUUUCAAAAAGACAAAUUAGGGCCUAACUUACUCGCAAAUAUUUCUUUUGAACAUUUAAAUGGCACAUUUCCUUUGAACAAUAAUAUCUUGAAUCACAACGAACAAAAAUACACAGAGAGUUUACCUGAUUUUAAACCCAUUCAUAGAGAAAAUUUAUGUUUUGAGUCAUCAAAUAUAGCUAAUUCUAAUUCUAAAGCAUAUCAUUGCAUUACUGAGAAAUCAAAUGAAACUUGUUACGAAAAAAAAACCUCUGAUUUAUGCAUUGAGAGUAUGAUGGUUGAGAGUAUGGUUUAUGAAAACAUCAAACCACAAUCAAGUACUAUCUUAGCUAAAAGUGAUGGUCUAACAUACAUUACUUGCUCUUACAAUGAUAUAAAAUCUCAUUCAAAAGUUGGGGUUCAAUUGUCUCGAUUCACAACGAUUGACACAGAAAAGUCUGAAGCUCUCAAAAAUAUACGAUGAAAUUAAUUUCGAUUUUUA